GUUGAGGCUAUUGCGAAGUGGCUGACUUGACUAUCAUAUCAGACUGAGUCCUCGUCGUUCUCUUCCACUGUUCAUUUUCCAUCUCUCUUUCUCUUUGAAACGCUUAUUAUUACAUUAAACUUCUUCUGUUGAGGUGGCAAGCUAGGCAGGAGCUUAAUCAUUCUAAUCUAUUCAAUUCACUCCUUUUUUUUUUCCAAUACAACUCCACGUCGUUGAUCGGACUGCAAUCUUGCCUCAAGUUAUGAAAUCCAGGGGGACUAAGUUUGUAAGAUUCGAGGGGUAUAAAUCUGAUAGGUCUCAAAGCUCUGACAAUCAGUACUCCCCAAGAAGAGUAUCUGUGAGAGAGGUAUUGGGGCAAGUUGGGAGAGGUGUCCAAAGGGGGUGUGAGAGGAUUAGAAGCCUUGGAAGAAUCCCAACUUCUCAACCCGCUGUUGUUAAGAAGCAAGAAAAGGAUAAAGAGCCUAGAAAGAACAUUCUUGAUCCUCAGGGCUCUUUCCUUCAAAAAUGGAACAAGAUAUUUGUUCUGGCUUGUUUAGUGGCUGUGUCCCUGGACCCUUUAUUUUUCUACAUUGGUGGAAUAGAUCCCAAAGAGAAAUGCAUAACUUUGGAUGAGCCUUUGGAAAUCGUUGCAUGUGUUCUUCGAACAUUUAUCGAUAUCUUUUACGUACUCAGGAUUAUCUUUCAGUUCCAAACUGGGUUUAUACCCCCAUCUUCUCGAGUAUUUGGAAGAGGCGAGUUAGUUGAUGAUCCUUUUGCCAUUGCUAAAAGAUACUUGUCAACCAACUUCGCUGUUGAUGUUCUCUCUAUUCUUCCACUGCCUCAGCUUGUAGUUCUUGCUAUCAUUCCAAGGAUGAAAAAACCUGUUCCAAUGAUCACAAAGGAGAUGUUGAAAAUCGUCGUUUUCUGUCAGUAUGUUCCGAGGCUCGUGCGAAUGGUCCCACUAUUCAGAGAAGUAACAAGUAGUUCUGGCAUACUAACAGAGACCGCUUCAGCUGGAGCUAUUUUUAACCUUCUUCUGUAUAUGCUUGCAAGUCACUUAGUAGGAGCUUUCUGGUACUUAUACUCUCUUGAGAGACUGGAUACUUGCUGGCGAAAAGUGUUUAAGGAGCAGAAGUGGGAUCUUAGAUAUGUGUACUGUAAUCAAAACCGUACCAAUCAUGUAUUACCAGAUGCCAAAUCUAUUGAAGGCUUCUUCAACGUCUCUUGCCCUUUCAUCAAUCCUGACGAUGUUAAUGGUACCUUUAAUUUUGGAAUAUUCACUGACGCUCUCAAGUCUGGUGUAAUUGAAAGCACAGAUUUCUCCUCCAAAUUUUUCUACUGCUUUUGGUGGGGACUGCGCAAUCUUAGUUCUCUGGGCCAAAAUCUCAAGACAAGCACUAAUGUUGGAGAGAUAAUCUUUGCAGUCUGGAUAGCCAUCUUUGGAUUGAUUCUAUUCUCGUUACUCAUUGGCAAUAUGCAGAAAUAUCUGCAGUCCACAACUGUGAGAGUCGAAGAAAUGCGAGUGAAAAGACAAGACGCGGAGCAGUGGAUGUCCCACCGGAUGCUCCCGGAGCCCUUGAGGGAACGUAUUAGAAGAUAUGAACAAUAUAAAUGGCAAGAAACAAGAGGUGUUGAGGAAGAGACUCUGGUCCGAACCCUUCCAAAAGACCUUAGGAGAGACAUAAAGCGCCAUCUUUGUUUGGCGCUUCUCAGGAGAGUGCCAAUGUUUGAGACCUUGGAUGAACAACUCUUGGACGCACUAUGUGAUCGUUUAAAGCCAGUUCUGUACACAGAUAAGAGUUCAAUCGUUCGGGAGGGUGAUCCAGUUGAUGAAAUGCUCUUCAUCAUGAGAGGAAACCUUGCUACUAUGACCACUAAUGGUGGAAAAACUGGCUUCUUCAACACGGCUGAUCUCAAGGCUGGUGACUUCUGUGGAGAAGAGCUCCUCACAUGGGCUUUGGAUCCCAAUUCUGGCUCCAAUCUCCCCACCUCAACCAGGACAGUGGAAGCUAAAACAGAGGUCGAGGCAUUUGCUCUCAUGGCCAACGAUUUGAAGUUUGUCGCCUCCCAGUUUCGCCGGCUCCACAGCAAGCAACUCCAGCACAUUUUCAGGUUCUAUUCUUUGCAAUGGAGAACAUGGGCGGCUUGUUUCGUACAAGCGGCGUGGCGGAGGCAUUGCAAGAGAAAGCUUGACAAGUCUUUAAGGGAAGCAGAGGACAUGCUGCAAGAUGUCCUGGUGAAUGAGAGUGGAAGCACACCAAGUCUUGGCGCCACCAUUUACGCCUCGAGGUUCGCUGCUAAUGCACUGAGAGGCUUAAGACAAAGCGGUGUGCGCAGCUCUAGACCCACGCAAAGAUUGAUGCCUUUGCUACCUCAGAAACCGGCUGAGCCUGAUUUCACUGCGGAGCAUCGUUAGCUACUGGCUGCUACUACUACUUCUGGUGUAGUCAGUCACUGUAUUAAUGUGAAAUUUGUUGUUAGGCAUAAGCUAUUUUGCUAAUGUAUAAAGUCUGUCUGUGCAUAAUAUGUAAAAUAGGCCUAGAUUUGUGAUAAAAUAGAUUGAUACUUUGAUAAUCAUGUAUAGUUUUAUAAUGGGGUAGUUUAAUUGUAAAAGUAUACCCUUUGUUUCUGAUCUUUGAGAUUUAUAGACUAAUAUUUUGAGGCUUUUAAGCAAAUAAUAAGAAAUGAUUUUCCAUUCCA